AUGAAGAGCCUGUGGCUGUUUAUUAUCUUAUCAGCAUUCCCUAAAAUGAUUCAUUCCUCACCGAGCAAAAAAUCGGUAAUUACAUCAUUGCAUGCAAAAUGGUCACAGACCUCAUUUAUCGCUGAAGCCAGCGAAUUUAUGGCUCAAGAAAGUGACACUUUAUUUUGGGCCUACAUAGAUGAAAUUGUUGAGAAACUUAAUGUCGACGAAUGGCACACAUACAGUGAUGCCAUACAGUAUGAUUUAGCUGUACGCUUAGCAAGCCAUUUAUUGGAGGAAACUCGUGUGAAUCUUUUAAAAUUUGCCUUAUCGUUACGAGCUCAUUCACCAACUGUAUUGCUUUUUCAGAGGUUAGGUACUGAAAGAAAGAAGUCAUGUGCCGCGUUUGCAGAUGUUCAUGGUACCUUAACAUGUGAUGUAAAUGAUUUAGAAAAAGUUAUCGAAAGUGAUGAUAGGGGUCCUGUACCAACAGUUUAUUCUAUUGAUCACGUAUUCCCGGUAAGUAAAGAACAUAAUGUUACCUUAAUUAUAUAUGGUGAAUUGGCGACGCCAUCAUGGAGAAAGUUUCACUUAGCAGCAAAAGCACUAUCGAGAAGCGGGAAAGUCAAGUAUGUCCUUCGCCAUUUUGUUAAAGAUGUUCGUGACGAUAAACCUUUGCUGUCGGGUUACGGCGUCGAAUUAGCUAUCAAAAGUACAGAAUACAAGGCCGUUGAUGACAGCAAUGCUGUAACUGACAAGGUAGCGGUGGAGGAAAGUUCAGAAGAAUAUAUUGAUAACGAAGAAGACAAUUAUGGGUUCAAUUUCAAUACACUGCGCAGGUUGCAUAGUGACUUGAAAGAAUCGAUUGGACAGUUUCGGUUACAUUUGCUGGAACGUGAUGAGCUUACUCCUUUAAAAGUAUGGCAGGUACAGGAACUUAGCUAUCAGGCUGCUCAGAAAAUUGUUCAGGCCGAUCCGCAGAAAGCCAUUAACAUCAUGGUAGAUUCAAGUCAGAACUUCCCGCUUGCUGCUCGGUCACUUUCACGACAAAUAGUACGGAAAGAGUUCAUAUCUGAGGUUAGUGCAAAUCAGGAGCAGUUAAUGGAGUACGGCAUAUCAGAAGGUGAAUCCACAUUUUUUAUCAAUGGUAUUAUGGUGGAUAUUGAUGCUCUGGAUGUGUUCCAAGUGCUUAAUGUGUUGAAGCAGGAGGAAAAAUUGGCAAAUGGAUUUUUCCAUAUGGGAAUUAAGAAUGAAUACCUUUCCAUUCUAAUGGACCUUGAAUUAAACAGUGAGCGUGUAUCAUAUGCACUGGAUUUUAGACCAGCAUUUCCGGAGUACUUGAAUAAUUUGGAUACCGACAAACAAUACCGGCAGUGGGCAAAUAGUGUGGGUUUGCUAUUACAACCCUACUUUCCUGGGAUGCUUCGACCAAUCGCUAGGAAUUUAUAUACUUUGAUUUUUAUUGUUGAUCCAUCCCAAAAAGAAACGCGAGAUUUAUUGCAAUAUGCACUGCGAUUUUAUGCACAUGAGAUACCUGUUAGACUUGGAGUUGUUUUCGUGGCUAACGAUGAAAAAGAAAUAACUGGUUUCGAUGAUGCUUCCGUUGCCAUGCUGAAUUUAUACAAUUUUAUCAAGUCAAAUAAUGGUAUUCAGAAAGCACUGGAUGUCUUGAUUGAGGUCCUAAAUGUGAAGGAAGAAUCCGUGUCUCCGAAGGAUGUAUUGUCGUAUUUUCAAAUGAAAUAUCCUAACCAUGAUCCAAAUAACGUGUUUGGUAGUAAUUCCGACUAUGAUAAUGGACGUUCAACAGGUCAUAAAUUUCUUCGGGACAGCGGGCUUGGUUUAACUCCUAAAGUGCUUCUAAAUGGUGUUGUUCUGGACGAUUCCGGCAUAACGGCGGAUCACUUUGAAGAAACUGUAAUGAUGGAAAUAAUGCGUGUUACAUCGCGUUUACAAAAGGCAGUGAUGGAAAAGAAACUAAAAGAUCAAGACAAUGUAAUGAAUUGGAUACUUUCCCAGCCAGAAGUUAUGCCACGAAUCAACAAACUUAUUCUGGAUUCACCGUUAUCACCUGAUGCGUUGUAUUUGGAUUUAACAUCUGUCAAAAAGUGUACAAGCGUAUCACCUACACAGUAUUACAAACUGCCACCAAAAGAGCAGAAUCAAUGUAUGUUAAAGAGAAUGCGAUACAUUACGAGGACAGAAGAAAUGAAAACGUAUUUUUCUACUGUUUGGGUAGUGACCGACUUGGAAACUGCUGAAGGACGACUUUUGGCUUAUAAUGCAAUCAGACAUCUUAAACGUUCUCAUACUAUGCGUGUUGCUAUCAUUAAUAACCCCAAAAAUAUUGAAAAAGCAACCACUUCUGGUAGUAUAACGAUGCUUGUAAAUAUUGCAUCACGCAUACUUAUACCAAAACAAAUGAAAUCAUUUAUAACAAAGCUUGUGAAAGAGGAAAUUGUAUCCGAACUGCUAAAUAAACAAAUUACAUUGGAUGACCUUUCUGUUAAUGAUAUGAAUAUGACACUUUUUUACAAAGAAGCGAAGCAAAUAAACAGUGAUGAAAUAAUCGUAUAUGCCAAGUACUCAAAGAAUAUUCUUGGUUUAAAACCAGGACAGUUAGCUUUGGUAGUUAAUGGCUUACUUAUUGGACCAUUUGGCGAUAAUGAAGUUCUGGAUGUUGCCGAUAUGGAAUUAAUUGACAAACUCACGUUGCUUCGAGGUGGAAAGGUCGUUAAAGACUACAUGGAGAAGUGGGGAAUACAAACAAGAUAUGGGGAAUCAUCAGAUAUGGUUGCACGCAGCAUGGCUUUAAUUGGAAGUGUUGGUGUUACCAAAAAACGGCGAUUCAUUCCACUCUUAAGAGAGAAAGAGAGUGUCUUGACGAUUUCUGGCAACAACGAAGAAGGCUUGAUCCUGGCGCUCUGUAUUGUUGACCCAUUAUCUACUCAAGCUCAACGACUUGGCCAUUUGCUGACUGUUAUACAAAAAAUUGUCAAUGUGGAGGUGAAAUUGGUAAUGAAUCCUAGAGCCAAACUUAGCGAACUUCCAUUAAAGAGGUUUUAUCGUCUCGUGUUACAACCGUCGGUGAUGUUCGAUAAUUCAGGACGUAUCAGUGAUGCUGCAUAUGAAGCGCGCUUCACAGCGUUACCAAACAAACAGCUGUUAACUCUUGCAGUUGUUCCACCUGACGCUUGGAUGGUCCAGUCAGUAUAUGCCGUUUAUGAUUUAGACAACAUUAGGCUAGAAAAUGUACCAGGAAAUGUGCUUGCCAAAUUUGAACUUGAGCAUAUCCUUUUGGAGGGUCACUGCUUUGAUGAUAUGACAGGAUCACCUCCACGUGGUCUACAAUUUACUUUGGGCACACUAGUUAAUCCGAGUCGUUAUGACACAAUUGUAAUGGCUAAUUUGGGCUAUUUCCAGUUAAAAGCUGAUCCGGGUGCUUGGAUUUUAAACCUUCGUGAUGGUAAAUCGAAGGAUAUCUAUAACAUUGUAAGUCAUGUAAAUACGGAAUCGGAAGAUGAGGCCGGAGUAAAUGUGCUAAUCGAUUCAUUCAGUGGUCGAACAAUUCGUGUUCGUGUCGCCAAGAAAAAAGGAAAGGAAAAGGAGAAUUUAUUAAGUGAGGGAAAAUCGGAAGGAGAGAGUGAAGACCAUCACUCCAUUUGGAGCAGCAUAUCGACGACAAGUAUAAGUGGUGAUGAAAAACAUGAUGCCAUCAAUAUUUUUUCGUUAGCAUCGGGACAUUUAUAUGAACGUUUCCUGCGAAUCAUGAUUUUGAGCGUAAUGAAACAUACGAAACAUCCCGUCAAUUUCUGGCUACUUAAAAAUUAUUUAUCACCUAAUUUUAAAGAAACAUUGCCUCAAAUGGCUAAACAUUACGGUUUCAAGUAUGAGUUUAUAGAAUACCGUUGGCCACGUUGGUUACAUCAACAAACUGAAAAGCAGCGCGUCAUGUGGGGAUACAAAAUACUUUUCUUGGAUGUUCUGUUUCCGUUAGGUGUACGGAAAAUAAUUUUUGUUGACGCGGAUCAAAUAGUUCGGACAGAUUUGAUGGAACUGAUGGAGUUGGAUUUGGGAGGUGCUCCAUAUGGUUUCACUCCAUUCUGUGAUAGCAGAACAUCGAUGGAUGGUUUCAGGUUCUGGAAAAAGGGUUAUUGGGCUAAUCAUCUUGCUGGUCGCAAAUAUCAUAUUAGUGCACUUUACGUAAUCGAUCUGGUCAAAUUUCGUCAGGUAGCUGCUGGUGAUCGCUUACGUGGUCAAUAUCAAGGACUGAGUGCUGAUCCGAAUAGCCUUUCAAAUCUUGACCAGGACUUACCAAAUAAUAUGAUCCAUCAAGUGCGCAUUAAAUCGUUGCCGCAGGAAUGGCUUUGGUGUGAAACAUGGUGUGACGAUGCUUCGAAAGAAAAGGCAAAAACGAUUGAUUUGUGCAACAAUCCCCAAACGAAGGAACCGAAACUUGAUUCCGCCAUGCGAAUUAUUCCCGAAUGGAAAGAUUAUGAUGCUGAGAUAAAGGCAUUAUUUGAAAUAAGAUCAAAAAAUCAUACGGGACAAACGAAGUCUGGGCAUGAAGGAACUGAUAAACACACCGAGCUGUAA